CCUGACUCCCGAGGUCAGGGCCGUUGCGUGUGGCAGCCUGCCGUGCCUGUAGCACAGCGGGGACCUGGACCACUCUCCUCUAAACCUGAAGAGUGGUGUUUGUUUUGUUUGAAAGGUGUCUGAAACAGUUGAAGCACCUGGAGUUUGAAACGAGGUGGAAAUACAUCUGAAAACCAGGUGGGAACUAAGAGAGGGCUCAGAUGUGGUGAAGGCACACCCCAUUAAGAUCAGAUGGCAUCAGAGUUGUGCACAUGGGAAUUCUGCUCCUGACAGAGCUUUUGAGAGCUUGUCCUGAGCCUACAGACCAGCCCAGCUCUUCAUCUGGACGGUAGAGCAGGUGGCCUGUUCAAAAUGUCAAUGGAUAUAACUUUCCUCGGCACAGGCUCAGCCUAUCCCUCUCCAACCAGAGGAGCGUCAGCCUUAGUGGUUCGCAGGGAAGGAGAGUGCUGGCUCUUUGACUGCGGGGAGGGAACUCAAACCCAACUCAUGAAGAGUCAUCUCAGAGCAGGCAGAAUUACCAAGAUUUUCAUAACUCAUCUUCAUGGUGAUCACUUUUUUGGGCUUCCUGGCCUGCUGUGCACGCUUGGCCUCCAGAGCAACCUUGACCCAAACAAACCACCCAUUGAGAUUUACGGACCACUGGGGCUGCGAAGCUUCAUAUGGAGGAGUAUGGAGCUGUCCCACUCAAAACUUCCCUUUUCUUACACUGUCCACGAACUGGUACCUACGCAGGACCAGUGCCCUGCAGAAGAAUUCAAAGACUUUUCUUGCUUGGACAGAGGGGAGGGAUCUCCCAAGGAAGCACAAGGCCGAAUAAUCCACCUGGAUCCAGUAGAAGGCUCUUACUCGCUGUUUGAGGAUGAGCAGCUGGUUCUGAAAGCCUUUCGUCUGUUUCACCGCAUUCCUUCCUUUGGCUUCGUGUUGCAAGAGAAGCUCCGGACAGGGAAACUCAACGUACAGAAACUCCAAAGCCUCGGAGUUCAACCAGGCCCUUUAUAUGGGAAGCUGAAGAAUGGAACUGCAAUUGUUCUAGAAAACGGAGUAACGGUUUUUCCUUCUGAUGUCUUAGAAGACCCUGUUCCUGGAAGGAAAAUUUGCAUUUUGGGGGAUUGUUCGGGGGUGGUUGGAGAUGCAGCUGUGAAGCUUUGCUGUGAAGCAGAUGUGCUGAUACAUGAAGCCACAUUGGACGAUACUCAAGAGGAAAAGGCCAGGGAGCACGGUCACAGCACUCCGAAAAUGGCAUCAAGUUUUGCAAAACUCUGUAAAGUUAGGAAACUGGUUUUGACUCACUUCAGUCAGAGGUAUAAACUGUCUGUGCAAAGGUGUGAGGAGGAUAUAGAUCUUACCAAACUGAAGAGACAGGCAGAGUCUGUGUUAGAUGGUCAAGAAGUAGCACUGGCUGAGGAUCUUAUGACAAUAGAAGUUCCAAUGAAGAGGUGAAAAAGUAGGGUUAGCAAGCUCUUUGUGAAGACACCAAGCAGGAUGGUGCUGGGUAGCCCCUGAAAAUAACACUAGGGUUUGUGGGAUCCUGCCGCAAAGUUUUUGGCUCUUGGCCUGAAAAACCCAGACUCGAAGUCUGAAAACCAGGCUCAAAGCCUGAAACCAGGCUCAAAGCCUGAAAAAUGAACCAGACUCUAAGUCUGAAAAACCCAGGCUCGAAGCCUGAAAAACCAGCUCCAAGCCUACUUCAUGUGGCGAUCAACCCAGGGUCCGAUUCUCAGCUGGGUGGGAAGAAAUCAGUCCUACUCAGUGUGAGUGAUAGCAGAAAUCUUCUCUAACUUAUAUACCCAGCAGCUUCAAAGCUAGCUCAGCAACAGCAGCUAAUAGAUUACAUUCUCAUGUUCAUCCUACUUGCGGUUUCUGCCAUAAGCAAGCUCCCUCACAUUUUCCCAUCUUGUUUUACUCCAAAGUUGUUUUCGACCUUGAGCUGUUAGCUCGUUAGCUGAAAACAGCCCGACCUUGAGGGAGCAGAAAGCGGCCUGCUGUCUGUGCUGACUACGUGACAGCAACUGCUUUAACCGUGGCUCUGACUCUGGUCUUGAUUGUGCAUUAAAUUCAUAUAACUAGAACUCAGAUUGCCUUGCCCCAUCGGGCCUAACAUUAUACCCUGGGAUGCAUGUCCAUGCUCCCUCAUAUUUUCUCCACAGGAUCCCAAGUCAUUCUGUUCUGUGGCACACACAGAACGUUCACAAACUGGAGAUAGUAACGGGUACAGUAAGUCUUGCUUUUGUAAAAGAAUAAAAAACUGAUACUGAAAGAUCUGGACCUUGGAAUAAGUUUGGUUUCAGACAUGGAGCCUCCUCAGAAAUGCCACGUGUAGGCUGGCACCAGCCUUCACGGCCCUGGGGUUUUCCUUGGUCCACCAGUUGCUACAACAGAGCACUGGAUCAUCUCUGCAGUAUAGUUUAAGAACUCUUCCCUGUUUCAAAUGACAUCCAUUUCACACUUGUGUAGAGUACUUUGUGACUCUUACUGAUGUCUAUGCCAGAGGAAUAUUACACUGCCAGAAUAUUACGUUGCCAGAAAUAAUGACUCUGACAAUGACUCUCUGGCUGGGGAGCCUACAGGUCAUGCAGUGGCCUGUUCUUUCUACCCAUUCUCAAGUUCGGGAGCUAAUUCUCCCUUUGCAUGUGAAAUCAGGCUUCCUGUCAAAAGUGAAUCAGUUGUAACAACGCAGUUAAUUUGGAGCUCUAAGUUUGUAUACCCCUUCCUGCAUCUGUGACGUUUUAGGAGUGUGCUCUGAAAGUUCGUAGGCAGAUGAGAAGGUUUUCCUAAAGUGUCCUUACAGUUGCAUUUUCAGAGACAAAUUAUCCUGAUAAAAGCAUAUCUACCCUAUAAAAGCUGAAACACUUCAUCACCUUAUAACAAACACUGGAAGCUCUGGCUGGUUUCAGUACAGCUGCUGGAGUUUGUGCUGGUACUUUUGUACAAUUGAUGGCAAUCCAGGUGGAAAAUGAAUGGGCUUUAAUGCACAAUUCCCCUCUGUGCUUUCAACAUAGAGUAACAAAGCUCCAAAAACCAGAGCUCUUGAAAGUUCUCUCCCUUGUAAAUGGUGCCCCUCUCAAAGGUGGGUUGUGUGCAGUGCGAAUCCUCACCCAGACUGAGCUGGUGAGACGAAGAAGUUAAAUCCUGCAGGUGGUUUUCUUCACUAAGAGUGUAUUUGGCUGUAAUUAAGCAACAAUCUUCAAAGAAAAAUAAA